UAAAAUAGAAAUCAGAAGUUUUAAGAACUGAAUAAAAGACACAAGCGCAGAGGGGAGUGUAGAUUAGGCAGGACAGUGAAGAUUGGGUCUUCUGCGAGGUUUAAGAUGUCAGCGAGUCCAACAGGGUAGAAGCUCAGGAGGAGGAGAGGUGGAUCGGUCCAGAGCAGACUGCUCCUCUCCAGGCAGCUCGUCCCUCCUUGAGGCAGCCGGCAGCCACAGGCCACCAUGACGGAGUGGACCCUGCUCAAACGUCUCCUGGAUGCUGUCCACCAGCACUCCACCAUGAUCGGACGCUUGUGGCUCACCGUCAUGGUCAUCUUCCGGCUGCUCAUUGUCGCCGUGGCGACUGAGGAUGUGUACACCGACGAGCAGGAGAUGUUCGUGUGCAACACAUUGCAGCCAGGAUGCUCCACCGUCUGCUACGACGCGUUCGCACCCAUCUCGCAACCUCGUUUCUGGGUCUUCCACAUCAUCAGCGUCUCCACGCCGUCGCUCUGCUUCAUCAUCUACACCUGGCACAACCUGUCCAAGCUGCCCCACAACACCACCCAGAGGCAAGGGCAAGGACUGGGGGACAUCCCAGGGCAGGGAGGCCCAGAUGUGGGGCAAGGUGGAGGGCGGGAGGUGUACGAUCGGAGCUGCGACUCAGACAGCUGCUCCAUCCGCUCACAUAAGCAUCUCGGUCACAGCCUGGCGGACGUGCUGGAGGGCAUCAACAUCCAGAGCCUCCAGAGGGCAGACCCCAACAACAUGGUGUCCUUGAGCCAUGCCCGAGAUUGCACCCUCAAGGAGGGGACCGCAGAGGGUCAUGUGGUCUCUGGAGGCGUUCUGUCAAAAUGUUACGUCUUCCAUGUGUGUUUACGGGCUGUCCUGGAGGUGGGCUUCGUCCUGGCCCAGUGGAAGCUGUUUGGCUUCCAGGUGCCCGUCCAUUUCCUCUGUACCUCGGCUCCCUGCAGCCAGCCGGUGGACUGCUACAUCUCCAGGCCCACAGAGAAGACCAUCUUCUUGCUCUUCAUGUUUUGCGUCGGGGUCUUCUGUAUCCUCCUCAACCUGCUGGAGCUCAACCACCUGGGCUGGAAGAAGAUCCGUCAGGUGGUGAGGCUCAGGGAGAGGGCGUCCUGGAGAGGUUGUCCAGGAAUGAGGGGGGGAUAUGAAACCUUCCCUCCAGACAGCCCCUCUCUCACAUCCUCUUUAGGCUUCAGAGAUGUGACCAGCACCACCUCCCUGCCCACUCUGGACCUGGUGGUGGGUCACCAGCCUGACUGGACCUGUGCUGUCAACUGUGGCAGGAUGAGGGGGCCUGAGGAGGUCAGAGGGACCAGAACAGAGCAACCAAAGAGACAGGACUCAUAUAAAGGAGAGAGGCAGCCUCUGAAGAGUAAGAAGGCCAUCAGAGAGUCCAAACAGAGGAGUGCUGAGGUCUGGAUAUAGUCAACGAGCACGGGGAAGCAUGUCGCAUGUCUAUUUGUUUGACCUGUGGAUCUCAUGUUGGAAUAUAAAGACUCAGUGUGUCAUAUUUUGGAGGAUAUAUUGUCAGAAAUGGAAUAUAAUAAAAUACGUAUGUUUUCUAUAGUUUAUAAUCACCUGAAAAUAAGAAUCAUUGUGUUUGUGUUACCUCAGAAUGAGCUGGCUUUGGAUGGGUCCAUUCGCGUUUCCAUGUCGGUCACCAUAGUUGGCAGACCCUCCGCAAU